GCCUGGCCGGCGAGAAAGUUCGGUUGAGAGGGUGCUGGAUGGUGGGGGGAGUACCACUGAUGAGAGAGCGGGCGAAACACGGGACUGUUUUAACACGCAUUGGAGGAUUACUACACUUACCUGCUGAACGCUAACACACUCCUGGGAAAGGGUUUCUUCUUCUACUCUUUGAGGUGACCCAGUGUGUACUGCUUCUGGUUUCCAGCAGCUAUGUCACAGAGGAGUGGGCAGGAGGACCCGGAGCGGUACCUCUUUGUGGACCGCGCUGUGGUCUACAACCCGGCCGCACAGGCCGACUGGACCGCCAAGAGGCUAGUAUGGAUCCCAUCGGAGCGCCACGGCUUCGAGGCCGCCGGCAUUCGCGAGGAGCGCGGCGACGAGGUGGUGGUGGAGCUGGCGGAGAAUGGGAAGAAAGCGGUGGUCAACAAGGACGACAUCCAGAAGAUGAACCCGCCAAAGUUCAGCAAAGUAGAGGACAUGGCCGAACUCACCUGCCUCAACGAAGCCUCCGUGCUUCACAACCUCAAAGACCGAUACUACUCUGGGCUCAUCUAUACGUACUCGGGUCUCUUCUGCGUGGUCAUCAAUCCCUACAAAAACCUGCCCAUCUACUCAGACAACAUCAUCGAGAUGUACAGGGGCAAAAAGAGGCACGAGAUGCCCCCUCACAUCUACGCCAUCUCAGAGUCAGCGUACAGAUGCAUGCUUCAAGAUCGAGAGGACCAAUCCAUCCUUUGCACAGGUGAAUCAGGAGCCGGCAAGACAGAGAACACUAAGAAGGUGAUUCAGUACCUGGCACAUGUAGCCUCCUCCCACAAAGGAAGAAAGGACCACAACGCUCCUCCCGAAUCACCAAAACCAGUGAAACCACAGAGCGGAGCCCUGUUUUAUGGGGAAUUGGAGCGUCAGCUUCUACAAGCCAACCCCAUCCUUGAAUCUUUUGGGAACGCAAAGACCGUGAAAAAUGACAACUCGUCACGAUUUGGGAAAUUCAUCCGGAUCAACUUUGACGUCACCGGUUACAUCGUCGGAGCAAAUAUCGAAACCUACCUUCUGGAGAAAUCCAGAGCCAUUCGUCAAGCCAAAGAUGAGCGCACCUUCCACGUUUUUUACCAGCUGCUGGCCGGCGCUGGAGAACACCUCAAAUCGGACCUGCUUUUGGAAGGAUUCAAUAACUACCGUUUCCUGUCCAAUGGAAACAUCCCCAUCCCGGGCCAGCAGGACAAAGACAACUUCCAGGAGACCAUGGAGGCCAUGCACAUCAUGAGCUUUGGCCAUGAGGAGAUUCUGGCCAUGUUGAAGGUGGUGUCCUCUGUGCUGCAGUUUGGAAACAUAAUCUUUAAGAAAGAGAGGAACAGUGACCAGGCCUCUAUGCCCGACAACACUGCUGCUCAGAAGCUGUGUCAUCUCCUGGGAAUUAAUGUAACCGAGUUUACUCGAGCCAUCCUGUCCCCGAGGAUCAAAGUGGGACGAGACUACGUCCAGAAGGCGCAGACUAAAGAGCAGGCCGACUUUGCCGUUGAAGCUCUGGCUAAAGCGACGUAUGAGCGCCUGUUCCGCUGGCUGGUCCAUCGCAUUAACAAAGCUCUGGACAGGACCAAACGUCAGGGCGCCUCCUUCAUUGGCAUCCUGGAUAUCGCUGGUUUUGAGAUUUUCCAGCUGAACUCGUUCGAGCAGAUGUGCAUCAACUACACCAACGAGAAGCUGCAGCAGCUCUUCAACCACACCAUGUUCAUCCUGGAGCAGGAGGAGUACCAGAGGGAGGGCAUCGAGUGGAGCUUCAUCGACUUCGGCCUCGACCUGCAGCCCUGCAUCGACCUCAUCGAGAGGCCGGCUCACCCUCCAGGCGUGCUGGCCCUGCUGGAUGAAGAAUGCUGGUUCCCCAAGGCCACGGACAAGACCUUUGUGGAUAAGCUGAUCCAGGAGCAGGGCACACACACCAAGUUCCAGAAGCCCCGGCAGCUGAAAGAUAAGGCCGACUUCUGCAUCAUCCACUACGCUGGCAGGGUGGACUAUAAGGCGGAUGAGUGGCUGAUGAAGAACAUGGACCCGCUGAAUGACAACGUGGCGACCCUCCUGCAUCAGUCCACGGACAAGUUUGUGGCGGAGCUUUGGAAAGACGAGAUUCAGACCAUUCAAAGGGCUUCAUUCUAUGACACUAGUCUGGAUGAGCCAGCAGUCGACCGCAUCGUCGGCCUUGACCAGGUGGCAGGCAUGAACGAGACAGCCUUCGGUGCCACCUACAAAACGAAAAAAGGAAUGUUCAGAACAGUGGGACAGCUUUAUAAGGAGUCGCUCACCAAGCUCAUGGCCACGCUGAGAAACACCAACCCCAACUUUGUCCGCUGCAUCAUCCCCAACCACGAGAAAAGGGCAGGUAAACUGGAGCCUCACCUGGUUCUGGACCAGCUGAGGUGUAACGGAGUCCUCGAGGGGAUUCGUAUCUGCAGACAGGGUUUCCCUAACCGUAUCGUCUUCCAGGAGUUCAGACAGAGAUAUGAGAUCCUGACGCCCAACGCCAUCCCUAAAGGCUUCAUGGACGGGAAACAAGCCUGUGAGAGAAUGAUCCAAGCUCUGGAGCUGGACCCAAACCUGUUCCGUAUCGGUCAGAGUAAGAUCUUCUUCAGGACUGGAGUUCUGGCUCACCUGGAGGAGGAGAGAGAUCUGAAGAUCACCGACAUCAUCAUCUACUUCCAGUCUGUGUGCAGAGGAUACUUAGCACGCAAGGCGUUCGCUAAGAAGCAGCAGCAGCUGAGUGCUCUGAAGGUCCUGCAGAGGAACUGUGCUGCCUACCUGAAGCUGCGACACUGGCAGUGGUGGAGGCUCUUCACCAAGGUGAAGCCUCUGCUGCAGGUCACCAGGCAGGAGGAGGAGAUGCAGGCCAAAGACGAGGAGCUGGUGAAGGUGAAGGAGAGACAGCUGAAGGUGGAGAACGAGCUGGUGGAGUUCGAGAGGAAACACCAACAGCUUGUAGAGGAGAAGAAUAUUCUAGCAGAGCAACUCCACGCAGAGACGGAGCUGUUUGCCGAGGCGGAGGAGAUGAGGGUCCGUCUGCUCUCCAGGAAGCAGGAGUUGGAGGAGAUCCUUCACGACCUGGAGUCGAGGGUGGAGGAGGAGGAGGAGAGGAACCAGGGCAUGCAGAACGAGAAGAAGAAGAUGCAGUCUCACAUCCAGGACCUGGAGGAGCAGCUGGAUGAAGAGGAGGCGGCGAGACAGAAGCUGCAGCUGGACAAAGUGACAGCCGAGGCAAAGAUCAAGAAAAUGGAGGAGGACAUUCUCCUGCUGGAGGACCAAAACUCAAAAUUCCUCAAGGAGAAGAAGCUGCUGGAGGACCGGAUCGGUGAGAUGACGUCUCAGCUGACGGAGGAGGAGGAGAAAGCAAAGAACCUGGGGAAGGUGAAGAACAAGCAGGAGAUGAUGAUGGUCGACCUGGAGGAGCGUCUGAAGAAGGAGGAGAAGACGCGGCAGGAGCUGGAGAAAGCCAAACGCAAACUGGACGCCGAGACGACGGACCUGCAGGACCAGAUUGCCGAACUCCAGGCUCAGAUCGAGGAGCUGAAGAUCCAGCUGAGCAAAAAGGAAGAGGAGCUGCAGGCUUCUCUGGCCAGGAGCGACGAGGAGACGCUGCAGAAGAACAACGCCUUGAAGCAGGUCAGAGAGCUGCAGGCGCAGCUGGCCGAGCUGCAGGAGGACCUGGAGUCCGAGAAGAUGUGCCGAACUAAAGCGGAGAAACUGAAACGGGACCUGAGCGAGGAGCUGGAGGCUCUGAAGACCGAGCUGGAGGACACGCUGGACACGACCGCCGCACAGCAGGAGCUCAGGUCCAAGCGAGAGCUGGAGGUGGCCGAGUUGAAGAAGGCCAUAGACGAGGAGACCAAAAACCACGACGCUCAGAUACAGGACAUGAGGCAGAGGCACGCGACGGCGCUAGAGGAACUGUCCGAGCAGCUGGAUCAGGCCAAGAGGUUCAAGGCCAACCUGGAGAAGAACAAGCAGAGUUUGGAGAGCGACAACAAAGAGAUGGCGUGCGAGGUGAAGACUCUGCAGCAGGCGAGGACAGAGUCCGACCACAAGAGGAAGAAACUGGAGGCCCAGCUGCAGGAGUUCACGUCCAGGGCCACCGAGGUGGAGCGGGCCAAAGGAGAGCUGACCGACCGCUCACACAAACUCCAGGCGGAGCUGGACAAUGUGUCGGCUCUGCUGGAGGAGUCGGAGAAGAAGGGUAUGAAAAUGGCAAAGGAAGUGGACAAACUGAACAGCCGACUGCAGGACUUAGAGGAGUUACGGCAGGAAGAAACCCGUCAGAAGCUCAACCUGAGUGGCCAAAUCCGGCAGCUGGAGGGCGACAAAAACACGCUGCUGGAGCAGCAGGAGGAGGACGAGGAGGCCCGGCGCAACCUGGAGAAGCAGCUGCAGACGGUGCAGGCUCAGCUGUUUGAGACGAAGAAGAAGCUGGAGGAGGACGUGGGAGCGAUGGAGGGCCUGGAGGAGGUGAAGAGGAAGCUCCUGAAGGACCCUUGUUGUUUUUUUGUUGUGCAGGCUCAGAUGAAGGACUAUCAGAGGGAGCUGGAGGAGGCCAGAGCGUCCCGGGACGAAAUCUUCACGCAGUCCAAGGAGAACGAGAAGAAGCUCAAGAGUCUGGAGGCGGAGAUCCUGCAGCUACAAGAGGACCACGCUGCGUCAGAGAGAGCCCGUCGACAUGCUGAGCAGGAGAGAGACGAGCUGGCUGAUGAGAUCUCCAACAGUGCUUCUGGAAAGUCAUCACUGUUGGAGGAGAAGAGGAGGCUGGAGGCUCGUAUCGCUCAGCUGGAGGAGGAGCUGGAGGAGGAGCAGGGUAACAUGGAGCUGCUCAACGACCGCUUCAGAAAGACGACCAUGCAGGUCGACACCCUGAACGCCGAGUUGGCCGCAGAGCGCAGCACAGCUCAGAAGAGUGAGAACGCUCGUCAGCAGAUGGAGCGUCAGAACAAGGAUUUGAAGGCCAAGCUGGCCGAGCUGGAGGGGGCCGUCAAGUCCAAGUUUAAGGCGUCCAUCACGGCGCUGGAGGCGAAGAUCCUGCAGCUGGAGGAGCAGCUGGAGCAGGAAGCGAAGGAGAGAGCGGCGGCCAACAAAAUCGUCCGCCGCACGGAGAAGAAACUGAAGGAGGUGAUGAUGCAGGUGGAGGACGAGCAUCGCCAUGCCGAGCAGUACAAGGAGCAGAUGGAGAAAGCCAACGCUCGUAUGAAGCAGCUGAAGCGCCAGCUGGAGGAGGCGGAGGAGGACGCCACGAGGGCCAACGCCACCCGCAGGAAGCUGCAGAGGGAGCUGGACGACGCCACCGAGGCCAGCGAGGGUCUCACUCGGGAGGUCAACUCCCUCAAGAACCGCCUCAGGCGCGGCGGUCCCGUCAGCAGCUUCUCCUCCAGCCGCUCGGGCCGCCGCAACCUCAACUUGGACGGCGCCUCCGUCGACAUGUCGGACGACGACGCCGACAGCCGUUCAGGAGACUUCAACGAGACGCAGACUGCCACCGCCGAGUAACCACGGAGACCCUCACAUUCCUCGCCCCUACCCCUUUCACCUCCCACCUCAUCCACCCGUGACCCCGCCCCCUUUUUCAUUUCAAGCCACUGACUGGACAAACUCUGGAGAAAUGAGCCGAGUGCUGGUGGCAGCUCGCCUCAUCCUCCCUUUUUGUAUCUUUAACACUGCAGGGAAAAUCCACCGCCCUCCUCUCCUCCGAGGUCAAGCCUCCUCACCGGAGAGUUACCAUGGCGAUCACACAUCUUUACGCCUUCCUCUCCUCUCUUCAGGCGAGCUGCCAGCCCCGGCUCUGCUCUCUGCUCUGUAUCAUCUCAACGCCACGUCAUGUGCUAAAGUUAUCAGCUUCUAGGUGCAAAGUGCUUUUUCUACAUCUGAUGUUGUUAAGUGUUCAUUCUCACUAGUUUGUGUAAAAGCCGACACACUCCGCCCCCCGCCGCCGCCCCCCCCCCCCCCCCCCCCCCCAGAGUCCAGACUGACAGACCCGUUCAAACGUUGAGGUCACUGCGGCCUCUGUAAGAGCGCACAGGCUGCUCGUGUUGCAUGAGGACGAAAAGGCUGACCCGCUUCUUCACCACAUGACCACCGGAGGCGCUAACACCUCGGGAACAAUACAAGGACUCUGAUAUGAAAGUGUUACUGUGAAGAAAAAAAAAGGUGUUUUAUUUUGUUUCAUCUCAACAGUUAGUGAAGGAAUGUCGAGCAGGGUUUGUAACCCGUUUUUAAAAUGUUGAUCACGACACCGCGAAGGACGCAAAGACGCUGGAAACUGAUCUGAACUGGAGGUGGUUGGAGUUCUAACUGGAAACCAACAGAAGAAGAGAGAGGAGGAGAAAAGCUCUUACUGGAAGCACUAAAGUGGCGCUCUGUCCACGUUUUCAAUGUGACACUAAAUUAGAUCAAUCAUGUAGUUUGAUCAGAAUCUUCUUCUCACUGCGUUCACGUUUGAGUCACAGAGCGGAACGACCAGGUUUUAAAAAAAAGACUAAAAAAGACAUUUUCAGAUCUUUUGAAUCUGUCAUCACAUCUGGAUUAAUCACGUUCAUCAAGUUACACAACCUCCGACAUAUUUAAACUUUUUUAGCCAGCAGGGAUUUCCAAAGUUACGAUUUAUAUUUGGGACGGGCCGUUCUUCAGUCUGUGUUGUGGCCCCUCCGAGGGCGACUUUUAGGUUUUUCACACUUGCAGAAAACUUCUGAAAAACUCCUGAUAUUUCCAGGAGGAGCUGCAUGUGUGAACGCAAACAGAUUCAUUUUUCACCCGGAGUUUCUCCUCCAGCCUCCUCGUAUUUAUUCUGCAGAAAGUCAGAGUGAGCUGAUGAGAGAAGGCAGCAGGAUAUAAUCAGGAGAAUUCACCUGGAGCCAGUGGGGAGUGCAAUGAAAUACUGUGAUCGCUGCAGGGUGCAUAGUGUCUGAACGCCACCUCUAUGGUGCUCUAAUGAACCUGCUGCAUUAUGUUUCCUGUCCCUGUUCCUGUUCUUUCCUGCAUUGAUAGAAAGACAAAUAUUCUCAUUACAGCGUCUUAUAGAGGACUCUGCUGCUUCAUCCAUGGCGAGUCGUUAGGAUACUCCAACAGAAGAUAAUGGAAUCAAGUGGAUUCUGCUCGCGUCGCACGUUGUAAUGUGAAAAUCAAAAUGAAUCCUUAGCUUGGAAAGUUUGUAAAAGUUUGCUUCUGCAGUGUGCUCUAAAUCAGGGGUUCUCAACUGGUGGGUCAGGAUCCAAAAAGUGGGUCGUGGAGUGGUUUUCAGUCGGGUCUUGAAUUUGUACCUGGAAAAGAAAUGGUAAAAACCUAAAUUAAUCGCUUUUUGUGCCGUUUCAUCCUCGGUCCAAACUGCAAAAUUUGUCAUCAGACAAAUCUCAUUGGUUGAGAAAUAUCAGACAUUUGGGUCGCAGUUUGUCAUUAAGGAUUUGAUUUUAGGGUCCUGAGGCUAGACCAGUUAAGACCAGUGCUCCAGAUCUCCUCGUCUGACACCUACCUCGCAGCACGGGUGAUGGGCGUGAUGAAUAACCACGUAGUUGAUGGUUUCAUUGAGGCAGGAAUAUAAAUCUUUGUUUUUUUCGUCCCUGCUGGCUCAAAAACAAACCAAAUGUUUUUAAAAAAAGAAGGAAUAUUGUUUUUCCUCAUCCAGAUGUUUUAAUCCAGGCUGCUUUAGAAACCUCUGUAACUCAAAUGUAAUGGAAACAAACGUCGAUGACCUCACAGGGCGAUGACUUAUCGAGUCACAGCCGACCCGUUGAGCACUUAGUAUUCAUCAGAGACGGGUCGGCCGACAGUGAGGUUUUUUUAUUUUUUUUUAAAUCUUUCGUUGUGAUUUUAGUUCCUUUAGUAGCGUUUUUUUUUAGAAGUGAAGUCAGACUCAACAGUGAAAAACCACUACGGUGUGAAAACUACCUUCACGGGCACCACGCCCCCCGUGUCAGUGUGACUUUGAUUUAGUCGUUUAUUGUGGCGAUUUCAGGACAGGACGGCGGUCGUCUCCUUCGCCCCUCUCCUCACAUUAACAGUUUGUCUUAGUGCCUUAGACACUAAAUCAGAAAAGACGACCCUAACCAGAUGAAACCGGUCCACCGAGGAGAUGUUCAACACUUCAUCUUUCAGUCUUUUGUUGCCGUGCUUCAUAUCAUAUCUACCGUGUUCCUCUGUGCUCAUAAUAAUCCAACUGGAAGACGGAUGAUGUUUUAACUGGAAGCGAGGCGGAGAACUGGGCCCACUGCUUUUUCCUUUAAAGUCUCUGUGUGUACUGAAGACGUUUCAGUACCGGGGUCAUCAUAGGGAAAUGAUGCGCUGCCCGGGAUGGUUGGAAGCUUUAUCAUCCACACGUAGUUAACUCGUUUUUAUUUGAUUACUUUUAUCCAGCUGGCUGUUGACGACCAUCCAACUGCAAAUACACCCAUCUUAUUAUUUCCUGUAUUCCUGUAUUUCUAGACGGUCAUUUGUUUUGUUUUGUUUGUUUUUGUAAAAGGAAAAUAAAGCAUAUUCAUUGUA